GGUUGGUUCUAUGCCGCGCCAAGGGAGGCGCUUUCGGUCACAUCAUUAACCGCAAAAACCAUAGGAAUCUGGUGGUACUGACAAUCGGCAGCGGGAGAGAAAAUCAAAUGGACGUGUUUGGUUGGUCGAACGUUCUGCUCAUAUUUGUAAUAUGUCACUUGCGCAUGUACGCGACAGACGUCGGGACGGCGAAGAGUCUGUCUGUCUCUCCAAGCGACAGAGAUGGAUGUAAACCAGGGGCGGCGGCGUCCCCCACACGGACAGAUUCUAGCAAACGAGUGCAGGCCUUACGGGAGGAAAUGGCGAAAGAAGAGAAUGGCGGAUUGAGUGCGUACAUUGUACCCUCUGGUGAUGCACAUCAGACCGAGUAUGUGAGUAAUUUCGACAAGCGGUUGCGUUUUAUAACAGGGUUUACUGGAAGUGCAGGAAUGGCUGUCGUCACGUCGAAGAAAGCGGCCCUUUGGACGGACAGCCGGUACUACAUACAGUCAGAUGAACAGAUGGACUGCCAGUGGAUACUCAUGAAAUUAUAUCAUGAACCCCCGCCGCCUUCCGUCACUGAAUGGCUCAUUGCCCAUCUGAGUCCAGGUGAUAAGAUAGGCCUGGAUCCAAGAUUAAUGAAAGCGGAACGCUUCCAAUACUACGAGAAAGGCUUUGCUGCCAAGAACAUAAGCCUCGUACCCUUGAUGACCAACCUUAUUGAUCAGAUCUGGACCGAGGGAAGGCCGAAAAUCAAAAGAUCUCAUCUCUUGAUUCUCGAAAUGAAAUAUGCAGGAAAAGCAUGGCAAGAAAAGCUAGCCGAUGUCAGAGAGAAAAUGACGCAAAAAAAUGCUGACGUUAUGGUUUUGGCCGCUCUAGAUGAUAUUGCGUGGCUGUACAACUUGAGGGGAGAUGACAUCAGUUACACGCCUGUUUUUCUCUCGUAUUCCAUCAUCACCAAGAACGAAUCAACGUUGUACAUACAAGACAGAGAGUACAAAGAGACGGCGGAACUCAAGAAGCAUUUAACGGGGUCUUCGGGAUCAGUCAAGAUAAAAGACUACAAUUCAUUUUUUGACGAUCUAGCGAAGGUGAACAAGAACCCAGAUACGAGGAAGAUUUGGAUUGGAAAGUCGAGCUACGCUAUUUGGAGGACAGUGGAUAAAGAAAAGAGAUUCGAAGAUUACCUUCCGGUGGCCUUUAUGAAAUCAAUCAAGAACAGCGUGGAGAGAGCCGGCAUGAGACGAGCUCAUUUGAAAGAUGCCGUAGCAAAGAUAGAUUUCUUCGCCUUUCUGGAGAAAGCUGUUCAGGCCGGUGAGUACUGGACUGAGCUGUCGGCGACAGUAAAACUAUCAGAGUUUAGGAGCCAACAGGAGGACGCCAAGGGGGAUAGCUUCCAAACCAUCUCGUCGGUGGGACCAAAUGCAGCCAAACCUCACUACACACCAACAAAUGCAUCUGACAGACAGAUCACGAUGGACGAGGUUUAUCUUUUAGAUUCCGGGGGACACUACCUCGAUGGAACAACAGACGUCACACGGACGGUCCACUUUGGUACUCCGACUGAAUUUGUGAAAGAAAUGUACACUCGAGUUUUGAUGGGUUCAAUAAAUAUGGCGAUAUGGGUGUGGAGAGAAGGAGUUCAUGGUUAUAAUUUCGAGGCUAGCGCUCAUCAGGCAAUUUGGGAGGUUGGCCUUGACUAUUUCCACCCGUCUGGGCACGGGGUGAGCAUGUUUAUGACCAUUCAUGAAGGUCCCCCUCAUUUUAGUUUAUGGAGUUCUCGGCUCAACCAGAAACUUCAAGAAGGAAUGUUCUUUUCUAACGAACCAGGAUAUUAUCAGAUUGGAAAGUUCGGUGUAAGACUUGAGACCAUCGUUGAAAUAGUGGAGGCCAAAACCAAGUAUUCUCUUGGUAACAAGCAAAAGUUCCUGCGAUUCGAACCCAUUUCAUUGGUGCCAUUUGAACCGAACCUGAUUCAGUUGGAUCUCAUGACGAGAGAGCAGAAAAUCUGGCUGAAUAGUUUCCAUCAGAAAUGCCUGAAGGAAGUUGGUGCGGAACUGAUCAAACAACGGAGAAUAGAAGGCUACAAAUGGCUGGCGAAAAGGACCGAGGCAGUACCGCUGGAUAGUGGAUCUAAGAACUUGUUUACAAAUUUGUACAUUGUAGUCACUCUAGUUUCUAGUAUCGUAUUGUCAAUUGGUUGAUUCAUUCGACGUCGAUUGUAUUCGAAAUUUAUGUUCAAGGUGAUGUUUAACAUGACUAACACAUCUAGCAAUAGACCUUAUAUACAAUAACUAUGUAAGCUUGUAGACACAGAUUGAGUAGAAUUCGCUAUGACAAUGUUUAUCUACCUAUACAUCUUGUAAAUACAUGAAAUGCACAUUUGAUGUUUUGAAGUCACAUGUAGCCUAGAUAUGUUAGAAAAAAAGACAAAAACUUGAUAUACUUCUUUCUUCGAUCGCGAAUGUGCUUGUACAUGAACAAGCUGGUAAUGACAACACCAAAUUUGUGACUGCUAGGUGCUUCGGGGGUGUCAUCAUGUCGGGUGUUUGAAAAUACACGUCAUGGUGCAUUUUUUUAACACCCGGUUUUCACUCCUGCAUUAUUUAAAAAAAUGCAAUGUAAGCAUUGCAAAUACUGCUGGUAUGAUGAUAUCAAUGAUGAAUCAAAUAUAAACAUAUUGAUUUCUGUUGCAAAAAGUUGGGUUUGUUACAAUAACGCAUCAUUAUCACAUAGAAAAGUAUAAUCCAUUGUUGCAAAUACAUGAUGUUGAGAACAUCA